UCUGCGAUCAAAUCAGAAUAGAACAGUAUAUAGCUUGGCAAGCAAUGCAGCAUCCCAGCGAGCAGCCUACCUACAUGCCAGAGGUGCCAUUUCAGCCACUUUGGGGACAGGAGGCGCCACCACCGCCGCCAAUUGUGCCCUAUCAGGAGCUCAUUGCAGGCUUUCCCUGUACAGAUUUGUCGCUUUGGCAGCGCUCACAAGUUGCGCCGCUUGUUAGCCAGCGACCCACCAGCAACGGACGCACCAAUGGCAGCUCCAGCUCAUCAAAGAAAACACGUCGCCGUAUAGCCUCCAUGGCUCAAAGACGUGCGGCUAACAUACGCGAACGCCGUCGCAUGUUCAAUCUGAAUGAGGCUUUUGAUAAGCUGCGUCGCAAGGUGCCCACUUUUGCGUACGAGAAGCGUCUGUCGCGGAUUGAGACAUUACGUCUGGCCAUUACAUAUAUAGGAUUCAUGGCGGAGCUGCUCAGCGGCACGCCCACCAACUCGCACAAAUCUCGAACAGAUAUUUAUGGUGGCCUAAAUGGACAUCAUCAUGCAGUGCCCAAUGGACCCCCAAUGCAUCCACAUCAUUUGCAUCCAGCUGCCUAUCAGCGGGACUUUGCGUCACCCUACAAUCAUAGCCUAACAUAAAGUGGGGCGAAGAUUUACUGAAGACAGUGUUAACAAUAACCGAAGACAAUAGAGGCUAUACCUUCCCAGAAUUGCAAAUUGUAGUUGUUAGAGCUUUGCAUUAAUGAAGCGCUU